UCAUGGAUGCCAGUCAAAUUUGUUUCCGCUGAGCCAUGACGGGAACUCCAUGAAUUAUAUCUUAAUCAACCUUUUAUUUAAAAAAAGAAACUCAGAGGAGAGAGGCAUAUUAUAUGAGGCAAGUUCUACAAGGUUCAUUAAGGAAGUAUCUUGGAACAGAUCACAGAUCAGCUCAAGGAUGAUCACGGAAGGACCAGGGAGAAGGGGGCUCGUGGCAGAAGGAAUAGCACAGACAAAUGCACAGAGACACGAAGGAAGGUCACCCCAAUGAAUUAUGAUAGGAUAUAAUUAUAAUUGUAAUCCAAGCUGUGACUUUUGAGCUUGUGGGGGAAUGAUGGACCUGUGAGAUUUUUUUUUUAAAAAAAAGAAUUUGUAAUUUUGGAAGAGGUAAUACACUCACGUGGUACAAAAUGGAAGUCUCAAAAAAGGUGGUCAACGUGACGAAAAAUAUCACGCCUGUCUCUGUCUCCCCCUGCCUCGUCCCCACUCUCCCGCCCUGGGCCAUCACUACUGCCAGUCUUUCAUGUGUCCUUUAUGAGAUAUAUUACACACGUACGAAUAAAUACGCACAUGGGUUUCGUGUAAAUGGGACUGCAUCAUCAACAAUGUUUCACACUCUUCUUUCAGUACUAGCCCAAAACUUGAGGAUUCUUUCAAACUUGUAUACAAAAAACACAUUCUUUUUUAGUGGGUAUGUAGGAUGUACCACGUUUGACUAACCAGUUCUCUAUUAAGGGAUGUUUAGGUUGUUUCUAAUCUUUCUUUCUUACAAAAUUCUGCAAUGAAUAACCUCAGACACAGGAUGUUUUACAUAUGUCUGCAUUCAUCUGCCCAUGAAAUUCCUAGAAAUGAAACUGCUCCAUUAUAGAGCUUUUUCUUUUUUCUUUUUUUUUCUUUUUAAAUUUUGAGAGCUAUCCUCAUAUUGCCCUUGACCGGGAUCGUUCCAACUGAUGCCUCCAUCAACAAUCGGUGAGAGAGGCUGCUCCCCUACAUUUUGGGGGUCUGUGGGGAAACACUGUCAGAGACGAGUUCAUUCAGGGACUUGAAUACAAAGCCAAGAGGUUUGAACUUGAUCCACUGAUCAUGGACCCUCUGUCAGAAGGUUAGGCAGUGGGUGAGGGUGGGCAGGUUUGACGUUUUAAAGGCUUGUUUUCAUGAUGAUACCACAUGAAUUUUGUAGGCAAUUUUUUAUGCUCAAACAGGAAUGAGUGGUAAUGUGAUGAGGCAGAGAGUAGAAAAAUAUCUCCAUUAGGAUGGGAGCCCUGCUGGGGAGAAUGUGAUUAUCAAGUGGGCACAGCAGCCGCUCCAGACAAUGGGCUUGGGUAUGGGCACAAUGUGCUCUCUUCACUGCACCAUAACUCUAGCGUUCCUGCCAUUUUUCUUUUAUCACAUACUUCCUACAAGCUAAGGCCUCUCAUGAGACAUUUAGCCCCCAAAGGUCACCACACAAAACCAAUAACAAGGAAUUUUUAUCAGACGCUAACAGUUGACUCGAUGACAGGCAGACAAGUGAUACAGCAACUUUAUCUUUCUCUACAAGACCAUUUUGCAAAUUAAUUGGAUUUGGAACUGGCAAUGAACAAAGAGCCGGAAGAAGCAAAAAUGCAAACACAUUCAUCCUGAAUCUUUUGUCUCUGAAGUAAGAGGUUAGUUGCUAUUAUGUGAUACAGAAAGAGAAGGAAAGAUGGAUGGCAGUUAGUUGUGAAGGCACCAGCAUAUGAAGGACCUGAGAGCUAGCUCUACCCAGACAUGCCAGUGGUGGUUCAAGGAUGAGUGCCUUGACCUUGAUCCUCGUGGGGUUUGCUCUGAGGUUUAGGGCCAUCACUGCUAAGCCAGAGCAUGACAAUUCCUGCUCUGAGAACCAAGUGGGUUUCAGAGAUGCUUGCUAUGAAUUUGUGCCUCUCGGCCGCACCUUCUAUGGUGCCCAGAGCUGGUGUGAGGGCCAAGGAGGCCAUUUGGUCUUUAUUCGUGAUGAAAGCACCCAGCAAUUUCUGCAGAAGCACAUUUCCCAAGACAGGGAAUGGUGGAUCGGACUCACAGGGAAUUUGGCUCAGAAGGCAACCACGCAAGGGCCCGCGAUCUGGCUGGACACCUCAAACGUGAGCUACAGCCACUGGCGCCAAGGGCAGGAUGCUUCUGCUCCCAAGCUCUGCGGCUACAUGGGGAGAGACACUUCCUUUGGGUGGGUGGCCUCGGACAACUGCACACAGGAGUUCGCCUUCAUCUGCGAGUUUGGUGUCGGUCAGACCCUGGCCUGCGAGGGCCUCAAUGCGACCAUGCACUGCGGCUCGGGGGAUGUCAUCCAGAUCCAGGAUGCUUUCUAUGGCCGCCAGACUCCCCAUUAUUGCACUAAGGACGCCGGGCACCCCUCAUACCUGGAGGAGGCAUGCAGCUGGGUCAGCGUCAAGGAUGAAGUGGCAGGCCAGUGCCAGGGGCUGCAGGCCUGCCAGGUGGCAGCAGAUGGGACCUACUUUGGAGACCUGUGUCCCGGCCGGGGCAGCUACCUGUGGGUGCAGCACCAGUGCCGGGAAGGCCUGCAUCUAACGGUGUCCAAUGAGAGUUUCACCUUUGACAACGUCACCGUCUCCCUGACAUGGCUCCUCUCUCCUUACAUCGGAAACCUGUCCUGUAUCAUCAAUAUGGGAGAUGGCCACACUUUUGACCCCUACUAUCCUCCCAGCUUGUCCAGCAGCGUGAGCCACCAGUUCACAGCCCCUGGGGAAUUCACCGUGUUCGCUGAGUGUACGACCAGUGAGUGGCACGUGACGGCUCAGAAGCAAGUGACGAUGCGAGACAGAAUGGAGAGGCUCCGUGUGACUGGGUGCUCUGGUCUGUGCACGUCAGGCACCAGCCCUCUGUGCCAGGCAGUCUUCGGGGACCCUCUGUGGAUUCAGGUGGAGCUUGAUGGAGGAACAGGGGUGACCUACACUGUGCUGUCGGGUAACACCUCCCUGGCGGAGUUCACCACGCAGAGGGGCCCGCUCCCCUGCAAUCUGACCCUGGACAGAACAGUCCAGCAACAGACAGGCCCUGGGAUGCACCAGUUAGAGAUCCGAGCCACCAGCAACACCACCGCCUCUGCCCCCUCCAGAAACAUCACCGUCCACUUCGUGGAGCCUCUGUCAGGGCUGCAGGCCUCUUGGGCUUCUGACCACUUGGAGCUUGGACAGGACCUACUGGUCAAUGUCUCGGUGGCUCACGGCAUCCCAGAGGGACUGACCUUUGAGGUGGCAGGACUUGGUGCCACCUUUUCCCAUGAGGAAGAGAGCCUUGGAGGGCCAUUUGGGACUUACCGCGUGGCAGUUCCUCGUGAAGGCACCUUUCUGGUCACUGUGCUGGUGAGGAAUGCAUUCUCAAACUUGAGUUUGGAAAUUGGAAGCAUCACUGUCACAGGUAAGAAUUUUCUGCAAGGGAGGGAAAUUUGUGACCUGGAGUUUAGGACACUGAGAGAUAAAGGUGCGGAGCUGUACGUGGAGCCUGGCCGGUACCUGGAUCCUUUCACAACAGUGACUCUGGGCUGGCCCGACAGUGACAAGGACUUACGCUUCCAGUGGUCAUGUGCCCCAAGCCAGAAGGUAGCCACAAGUGUCAAGUUCAAGGUUCCUGAGUGGAUCACGGUAUUGGCCCCCCUCUCUUUCUCAGGGCGUUGCUGGGCUCAGUGGAUCGACUGUGUUGAGAGGCAGCUGCUCCACAUAGACCAGAGGGAGCUGGUGGUUCCGUCAUCCUGCCUGCCACCGCCUGACUCUGCCGUUACCCUGCGUCUGGAGGUCUGGAGAGGCCAGGAGCUGGAGAACCUGGAGGAGGAGUGCCUCUACAUAUCCGCGCCCCUGCAACUUAGGCCAAGAGUCAGCUGUGAGAAGAACUGCGGGCCCGUGAAUGCCGGCGGAGACGUCAGGCUCAAGGUCACCCUGGGAGACGACUCUGCAGCAGCCGUGUUCAGCUGGUAUUUAGAUGAAACCCCGCUGGAGAAGGCUGAGCCACUCCCGGAGGCCUGCAGACUCCGAGGAUUCUGGCCGCGUUCUUUACUUCUCCUUGAGAGAAACACCUCCACUCUGCUGUUGAAAGGCUCCUUCCUGAAGACCCGGGGCCAGGCCGCCCGAAUCAGAGUCACAGCUGUGGCCGGGCACGCCUAUGGGGAGGACACCUUUGUGAUCAGCUCCCUGCCUCCUCCGGAGGCGCCUACCUGCACCAUUGCCCCACAGGAGGGCACCGUUCUGACGAGCUUCGCCAUCUUCUGCAACGCCUCCGCCGCCCCGGGCCCCCUGGAGUACUGCUUCUGUCUGGAAUCAGGUUCCUGUCUGUACUGUGGUCCUGACUCUGCCCUCCCAUCAGUCUACCUGCCACUUGGAAAAGAAAGCAAUGACUUUGUGCUGACGGUGGUCAUCUCCGUCUCCAACCGCGAGGGGGACAGACAGCAGACCCACGCAGUGGUGAAGGUGGGGCGUGAGGACACCCGUGUGGAGGAUGAGGCAUUCCAGGCUGCAGUGUGGGACACGGUCACUGCUGCUCUGCAGGGCGGGCAGGGCCCUGAGCAGCUCUUCCAGCUGGCCAGAUCCGUAUCAUCCCUGCUGGACCAGCAGUGCCAGGGGCCAGGCUCCGGGCGGCCGCAGAGAGUGGAUGCCAGACAGAAGGUCAGGGAGCGUAUCCUGGGGUCACUGGCUGUGGCCAGUGCCACGCUGGGGGACAUGCCGAGGGUGCAGGAGCUGGCUGAGGUGCUGAAAGAGGUGACUCAGCGCAGUGAGGAGCUCACGCCCUCGGCUCAGCGGGAGGCCAGCUGGGCUCUGCAGCACGCCAGUGAGGCCCUGUUGGCCGUGAGUGCCAAGGCCCAUCCUGAGGACCAGAGGCGCCAGGCGGCUACCAGGGACCUGUUUCAGGCUGUAGGCAGUGUGCUGGAAGCAUCUCUGAGGGACAGAGCAGAAGAGCCCGCAAAGGCUAACGGCAGCCAGACAGUCACAGUGUCCCAGCUGCUCAGAGCCGUGGAACGUGUCCAGGAUACCCUCCUGCUGGGGAGACUGCCCGGGGGCCUUCCAACCACACUGGCCACACCCUCCAUCUCCGUGUAUACAAACAGAAUACUGCCGCAGGGUUGGCGAGGCUCCUCCGUGCACGUUGCUGCAGCCAGCUCUGCGACCUUCACCCUGCCCGCUGCCCCCUCCCUCGGCUCCAUGGAAGAUAGUCGGGAGCCUGUGGACAUAAGGAUGAUGAGUUUCCCAAAAAGCCCCUUUCCAGCCCGAAGUCCCCUUGAUGUCAGUGGAACUAUUGGUGGCCUCUCUCUGACCAGCCCCAGUGGACAGCUCAUCCCUGUGAAGAACCUAUCAGAGAACAUCGAGAUUCUGCUGCCUCAGCUUUCUGAAGGACACGGCAAGCCAACCGUGUUGAACCUGACCAGCCCUGAAGCUUUGCGGGUGAACCUGACUUCAAGGGGAGUGGCUUUGGGGAUCCAGCUGCACUGGAGGCCUGACAUACCACUCAUGCUCAGCCUGGGCUAUGGCUACCACCCCAAUGAGACCAGCUAUGACGCCAAAGCUCACUUCCCGCCGAUGGCUGCUUCAGACGGGCUGUCCACAUGGAUCCUGAGCCCAGAUGACCUAUAUUUUGGAGAAGGCAUCUACUAUCUGGCUGUGAUCCCUGAGUCUGACCUGGAGCCAGCCCCUGGCAGGGACCUCUCAGUCGGCAUCACCACCUUCUUGUCCCAUUGUGUGUUCUGGGAUGAGGUCCAGGGGACUUGGGACAACUCUGGCUGCCAGGUGGGGCCACGGACCACCCCCCAGACCCACUGCCUCUGCAACCACCUCACCUUCUUUGGAAGCACGUUCCUGGUGAUGCCCAAUGCCGUUGACAUCCGCCAGACCGCUGACCUCUUUGCCACCUUUGAAGACAACCCUGUGGUCGUGACCACCGUGGGCUGCCUCUGCGUGGCCUAUGUGCUGGUGGUGAUCUGGGCGCGGAGGAAGGAUGCUCAGGAUCAGGCCAAGGUGAAGGUCACAGUGCUGGAAGACAACGAUCCCUUUGCCGAGUACCACUACCUGGUGACAGUCUAUACCGGACACCGGAGGGGCGCAGCCACAUCCUCAAAGGUGACUGUCACCCUAUAUGGUCUGGAUGGAGAGAGUGAGCCCCACCACCUGUCAGACCCUGACAUCCCGGUUUUUGAGCGAGGAGGAGUGGACGUCUUCUUACUCUCCACCCUGUUUCCCCUGGGGGAGCUGAGGAGCCUGCGGCUGUGGCAUGACAAUUCAGGGGACAGGCCAUCCUGGUAUGUGAGCCGGGUGCUGGUGCAUGACCUGGCCAUGGACCGGAAGUGGUACUUCCUCUGCAACUCAUGGCUGUCCAUUGACAUCGGAGACUGUGUCCUCGACAAGAUAUUUCCGGUGGCCACAGAGCAGGACAGGAAACAAUUCAGCCACCUGUUUUUCAUGAAGACCUCCAUGGGCUUCCAGGAUGGCCACAUUUGGUAUUCCAUCUUCAGCAGCUCAGCUCGGAGCAACUUCACCCGUGUCCAGAGGGUGUCCUGCUGCUUCUCCCUGCUGCUCUGCACCAUGCUGACCAGCAUCAUGUUCUGGGGUGUCCCCAAGGACCCGGCUGAGCAGAAGAUGGACUUGGGUAAAAUCGAGUUCACCUGGCAGGAAGCAAUGAUUGGGCUGGAGAGCUCUCUCCUCAUGUUCCCCAUCAACCUCCUGAUCGUUCAAAUCUUUCGGAACACCCGGCCCCGGAGAACCAAGAAGCAGAGCACUGGGAGAUGGGCUGGGGGGCCCCUCGGCCCGGCCCCCUCACUACAGCCCAUGGAGGAUGGCCUUCCGACGCUGGAAGCAGUGACCAAGGAUUUGUGGAGACUCGUCAGCUCCUUGUUCAAAGCUCUGAAGGUGCCACCUCCUGGCUCCUGCUGGGACUCCGGGGACUCGAUGGACAUCAACCAACUGCUGGCCUUGGUGGAAGACGUUGUUUGUCGGCAGCACAAGCCAGGGCAGGUGUUCUGGGAGGAAGCUGGACAGAGAGGGAGCCCUUUAACACAUGCUCUUGGGUCUGCACAAGCAAAAGGUAGGUCGCAAUGUUCCACGCCCAAGGUGGGCCCAAGUGAGGCUUGGAAGGACCUUGCCUACAGGCAGUGUCUCUACCUUCAGCUGGAGCACGUGGAACAGGAGCUGCUGCUGGUGGGGACCCGGGGCUACUCCCAGUGUCAGAGCCACACCCAGGCGCUGAGGCAAUUGCAGACCCUGAAGGACCUGGGGGAACAGGCUGGAACUCUAUCCCCAAAACACACCAGCUCCCUGCAGGCAAGCAAGCCCCCUCGAGGCCUGCCCUGGUGGUGUGUCCUGGUGGGCUGGCUCCUGGUGGCGGCCACCAGCGGAGUGUCAGCCUUCUUCACCAUGCUCUAUGGCCUGCACUAUGGACGGGCCAGCUCCCUCAAGUGGCUCAUCUCCAUGGCUGUCUCCUUUGUGGAGAGUGUGUUUGUCACCCAGCCCUUGAAGGUGCUGGGAUUUGCUGCUUUCUUUGCACUGGUCCUGAAGAGAGUGGAGGACGAGGAGGAGCCUGUGGCCCCCCUUCCAGGACGUCUCUCCAGCCCAGACGCUGCCGCCUUGUUCCGAGCACGAAGAAAGAGCAGAAGGGACAGCUACCAGCCGCCUCUGGCCUCUGACAUCGAGAGGAUGAAAGCCACCCGCCUCAAGGAACAGAAGGCAUUUGCCUUGAUCAGAGAAAUCUUGGCCUACGUGGGCUUCUUGUGGAUGCUGCUGCUGGUGGCCUAUGGGCAGAGGGACCCCAGCGCCUAUCACCUCAACAGACACCUCGAGCACAGCUUCACCCAAGGCCUUUCAGCUGUGCUGGGCUUCCAGGAAUUCUUCACGUGGGCCAACACCACGCUCCUGAGCAACCUGUACGGUCAUCACCCAGGAUUUAUCACUGAUGGGAACUCCAAGCUGGUUGGCAGUGCCCAGAUUCGCCAAGUGAGGGUCCAGGAAAGCUCUUGCCCUCUUGCCCAGCAGCUGCAGGCUUCUCUUGAUGGAUGCCGUGCGCCAUAUUCCCUGGAUGUCGAAGACUUGUCAGACUAUGGGGAAGGCUGGAAUGCAUCCAUCUUCAAUAAGAGCAAUGGCUUUCCCCAGGCUUGGCAGUACAGGAGCCAGAGCCAGCGCCGAGGGCAUCCCAUCUGGGGCAAACUCACUGUGUACCGGGGAGGAGGUUACGUGGUCCCCUUGGGGACGGAUCGCCAAAGUGCCUCUAGAACUCUCCAGUACCUCUUUGACAACACCUGGCUGGACAGCCUGACCAGAGCCGCGUUUGUGGAGUUCACGGUCUACAACGCCAACGUCAACCUGUUCUGCAUCGUCACUCUGACCCUGGAGACCAGUGCCCUGGGAACCUUCUUUGCGCACGCGCACCUGCAGAGCCUGCGCCUGUACCCCUUCACAGACGGCUGGCACCCCUUUGUAGUAGCGGCAGAGAUUGUCUACUUCCUGUUCCUCCUCUACUACAUGAUCGUGCAGGGCAAGCUCAUGAGGAAGCAAAAGUGGUGUUAUUUCUGCAGCAAGUGGAACCUUCUGGAGUUGGCUAUCAUCCUGGCCAGCUGGAGUGCCCUGGCACUGUUUGUCAAGAGAGCCAUCCUGGCGGAGCGUGACAUCCAGCACUACCGGAAACACAGAGAGGAGGGCAUCAGUUUCAGUGAGACAGCAGCAGCCGAUGCGGUCCUUGGCUACAUCAUUGCCUUCCUGGUACUCCUGUCCACAGUGAAGCUUUGGCAUCUGCUCAGGCUGAACCCCAAAAUGAACAUGAUCACAUCAGCCCUGCGUCGUGCCUGGGGGGACAUUUCAGGCUUUAUCAUCAUCAUCCUUAUCAUGCUCCUGGCUUACUCCACUGCAUCAAACUUAAUAUUUGGUUGGAAACUCCGUUCCUACAAAACCCUCUUUGAUGCGGCAGAAACGAUGAUCAGCCUUCAGCUAGGAAUCUUCAACUAUGAGGAGGUCCUGGACUAUAGCCCAGUGCUUGGCUCUUUCCUAAUUGGGUCCUGCAUCAUUUUCAUGACAUUUGUGGUGCUGAAUCUGUUUAUCUCUGUCAUCCUAGUGGCUUUCAACGAGGAGCAAAAAUACUAUCAGCUGUCGGAGGAAGGCGAGAUCGUCGAUGUGCUACUGAUGAAGAUACUCAGUUUCCUGGGCAUUAAGUGUAAAGGGCAGGUGCCCAGAAGCAGCAGUGAGCAGGCUGAGCGGCUGUCAGAGGCCUGGCCCCCUCAACUGGAAUCAUCUGUGCCCCAAGUUUAAGCUGCUGGUCCACAUACCACCAUCUGUAGAAUGGGGGAAGACCAGUACCUUGUUCCUGUGCCUACCAGUGAUUCUAUAAUGUCUCUCCAGAUUAAUAUUUUUCUGUGUCCAUAGAAGCCUGGCAAGUAAAAUAAAUAAAUAAAUAAAUAAGAAAAAUACAUA